CAACACUGUUCAAACUGACGGACAGCAGCGCACGUGCUGAACACCUGGUGGCCGGGGCUGGAACUAACGUUGACAGUAUAGGAAAUUGCAUUUCUUGAUCAAAACACGGAGUAGGUUCUCGGAGUGUUUACGCAAUUUUGGAUUGCAUUUAGGUGUGCUGUGCUCAAAAAAUACCCCCUAAAAUGCUGGUCAGUUGUGAAAAGCUACGGCCCUUACUGUCGGGCUUGUUGCACGGCCAGUUUGGACAACAAAUCGCCGGCAUGAAGUUUUUUGCACCACCAAUAAAAUAUGACAAUAUUGUAAUCCCAGAGAAGCCCAAGCUUCGUUUCAUGGAAAAAGUUCCUCAGCUGCCCAGCAAUCUACGGGCGCCCAAGAUGCAAAAGAAGCUGAAAUGGAUGCGCGGCCCUGAGCUAGUACACAACUCGCUCGUUCACAAGCAGUAUGGCAUAGUGGCUACAGGGGGCGGUCGGUUAAGAUGGGGUCACUUUGAAAUGUUGCGUCUUACGAUCGGUCGCAAAAUGGAUAUAAGCCGCAUGUUUGCGAUUUGGCGUAUCGAGGCACCGUGGCAACCGGUGACCAAGCAGGGUCAGGGCCAGCGUAUGGGAGGUGGCAAGGGUGCGAUCGAUCAUUACGUUACGCCAGUGAAGAGUGGUCGCGUGAUUGUGGAACUGGCGGGAAAGCUAGAGUUCGUUGAAGCCAAGCAAAUCCUCGACAUCGUUUGCCCUAAGCUACCGUUCAAGGCGAUGGUAGUCUCGCAGGAAAUGUUGGAAAACAUGAAGGCAGAGGAAGAGCGUGCGGUGCGUGAAAAUCUAAAUCCGUGGGAUUUUAAGUACAUCGUCCAGAACAAUCUCGGCGGCUGUCACCGAUGGUUGUCGCCAGUGGAUCACAAGUGGUUUGGAAAGUAUCUGUGAAUAGCCCAGAGACAGAAGCCAAUAAACCGUAACUGUGAAUAGUGA